AAUAUAGUCUGUGGUUUCUGGUCGUUGGUGCAAGUGGAGUGCGUUGCGUUUCCUAAAUAGUUUUUUUGUGAUUUAUUUCCUAUUUACUCUAAUGUUAAUAAUAUUACUCGUUUGUGAGAUUCUACUCUGAAGUGGCCAAAGUUAACCACUUUGGAGAAGCUUGAAUAAAUGCCGCUCUACGCUGAAUAUGGCCGACGAAAGACUAGUGGUGCUGAAUCGCAGUGAUAAUUUAGGUUUCGGCUUCUCCUUGCUCGGUGAAGCCGGUUUGCCACACAUCAUUUACGAUAUCGAAGAAAAUUCCCCAGCAGCUCGAAGUGGCGAGGUCGAGGCGGGAGACGUAUUGCUCAAGGUUAAUGGAACUGACGUGAACCGGUUCACGACCAAAGAAGUACUGAAAUGUUUGCGACUAUCGACCGAUCCUGUUACUUUAAGACUAAGAAAGGACCCACAGGUUAAAGCCAGUAUAAAGAGAUAUCUAGCUACUCGAAAAAAUGACAAGUCUGGGUCGUCGCCUCCGUCGAGUAACUCCAACAGUACGCACAGCAACAGUAACUCUAAGAGCAGCAAGUCCAGCAACGGGUCAAGAGUUUCUGGCGAGAGCUGCGAGGCUCUGCUGACUGAAGACCGCGUGCCAGAGCUAUCAACAGUCGAGCGUCGCCCGCGCGCCAACCAGCCCAAGUUCGAGGCGUACAUGAUGACGGGCGACCUCAUCCUCAACCUGUCGCGGGUGGAGCACGCGCACCACAACCUGUAUGCGCCCGCGCACCGCACGCACUAUCACAGAUACAACUCAACGCCAGCAUCACCCAGUGAGACCCGCGUGGCGGCACGCGCGGAGCUGGCGCAGCGACACAACUCCUCCCCGGACACCGGCCUCAUCGGCAACCAUGUCUCCAAACUGUUCAACUCCCAGCCGGCGUCGCCGGGCAGCGCGUCCGUGGAGACCACUUCGAGGGUGUCCCACUCGGUGCGUACCUCACGCUCUGAAGACCACUUGCAGAAGGGCUCCUCGCUCAGCGCAGUUGCAGUGGAGAUGGAAGACGACGUGACGUCAUCGCUCAACACGCUAUUGGACGCUCGGCCCGACUCGGCCACGCCCAGCGGGCCGCGGAGCGAAUCAGACGCCGAGAGAGAUAGGAUCGUGUGGACGUACAACGCGCCCGUAUCCUGUGCAUCAGAGCGCACGCAGUGCAACGGAUCGAGCACGCACUCCAACUCCACCUCCAUAUCCGACGGCAUGUCGCAAAGCGGUCGCUCGUCGUCGCCCGCGUCGCCGACGUCGGUGUCGUCGUCGGUGAUGUCGUCGCGCGCCACGCCGCCGCAGCCGCGCCCCGCGCCGCCGCCGCGGCCUAACAACGGCGACAUGAGUCUCUCGGAAGCCGUCUCCAACAUAUCUAGUCCCGACUACCAAGACCAGGACGACAUCUUCGACACCGGCCGAGAAUGUCCCCGAAUGGAGCUAUCAGAUCCAAGCGAUUCAGACUCCACAAUACUAGUCUCUGAGCCCUGCCACAAGCGGGUCAAGUCCAACUCCUCAUACUCAAACGGCCAUGGCAGUGACGUCACGCUAAAUGGAGAUAACAACGACUAUAGAAUAGUGAUACAAGUGAAGGGCCCGGAUAAGUUGAAUGCGGAUGGCGCAAAUAGUAAUAGUAAUUACGCGAACGGUAGUAAUCACAACUCGCCCGAGAAUCAGGGUUAUCAGGAGCUCUGCAGCAACUCGGACCAAGGCUCGGACGAGGGCUCGGACGGCGACUCGCUGCACUCGUUCCACUACAGCCCGAAAGCUGUAGACAUCCCGUCGGCGGAGCGGUUAGCCAAGCGGUUGUACCACCUCGACGGGUUCAAGAAGAGUGAUGUGUCGCGGCAUUUGAGCAAAAACAACGAGUUCUCCCGCGCCGUAGCCGAAGAGUACGUCAAACACUUCGACUUCUCCGGUUCCACCCUCGACGCGGCGCUCCGGACAUUCCUCUCGCGGUUCGCUCUGAGCGGAGAGACGCAGGAGAGAGAGCGUGUGCUGGUGCACUUCUCUAGGCGGUACCUGGAGUGCAGCCCGAGCUCGUUCAACUCACAGGACGCGGUGCACACGUUAACCUGCGCAAUUAUGCUGCUGAACACGGACCUACACGGCGCAGGCAACGCCACCUUCCGGCGGAUGACCUGCGCAGAGUUCAUAGACAACCUGGCCGAGCUGAACGACGGAGAGAACUUCCCGCGCGACGUGUUGAAACAGCUCUACCACGCGAUACGAGCCGCGCCGCUGCAGUGGGCCACAGACACAGACACGCCAGCGCCAGCAGAAGGCGAGGGCUCAACGGCAACCCUAGUCGGCGGGAAUCCGUUCCUGGACGCGCCGGACCAGAGCCGCGCGCUCGAGUACAAGAAGGGCUACGUCAUGAGGAAGUGCUGCCACGACGUUAAUGGGAAGAAGACUCCAUUCGGCCGCCGCGGCUGGAAGAUGUUCUACUGCACGCUGCGGGACCUGGUCCUGUAUCUACACAAGGACGAGCACGGCUUCCGACGGAGUCAGAUGUCCGACAACCUGCACAACGCUAUAAGGAUCCACCACGCGCUGGCGACCAAGGCCACGGACUACACGAAGAAACAGCACGUGUUUCGAUUGCAGACCUCCGACCAGGCCGAGUAUCUGUUCCAGACUAGCGACUCCAAAGAGCUAUGCUCCUGGGUAGAGACAAUUAACUUCGUUUGCGGCGCGUACUCGGCGCCCCCGCUGGCCGGCGCCGUCGGCUCGCAGCGCAAGUUCCAGCGACCGCUGUUGCCCUGCACGCACUCCAAGCUCAACAUGAGGGAGCAGCUACAAGCUCACGAGGAGCGGGCGGCGCGUCUGGAAGAAGAACUGAACGCGAUGCGACACGCGCGGGACACCUCGCCGCACGCCAGAGACAAGGAGGCCUACCUUAUAUACGAGAUAAAGCGCUACCGCACCUACGUGCAAGUGAUGCGGGGCCGAGCCGCCGGCGCCACCGCCGACGAGGCCGCGCCCGCCCUCCCCGCGCGCCCCGCGCCCGCCCCCGCCUGACACCCGCUCUGCGCCGCCUGCUAGAUAGCAAUAACCCUUACUGUAGCGAGAUAAAUGUCAGUUCACUGUGCACUGCAACCCGCAAGCCUCGCCUGCUGGAUAGCAAUAACCCUUAUAUUUAGCGAGAUGCAUAUAGCAUGCAGAUUUGAUCACGUACGCGGGAUUGCCCCGGUGAUACGUAUGACAGAAACGAAUUAUGCGGGAAAAUGGCGGCCAUCCUGCGUGCGUGAUGAAAUCCGUAUGCUGUUAAAAACAGCCUUACUGUGCACUCCAACCCGCCGCGCCCGCCUCGCCUGCCAGAUAGAUUCCUCAGCAAUAACCCUUUAUAUGUAGCGAGAUAAAUUUAUGUCAGUUCACUGUGCACUCCAACCCGCAAGCCUCGCCUGCUAGAUAGACUCCUGAGCAAUAAUCCUCAACUCUAGUGAGAGAGUGCACAGUAAACUGACAUAGUUUACAGUGCACGCCCGCCAAGGCUGUUAGAUAGACACAUAGACACCUCAGCAAUAACCCUUAUAUGUAGCGAGAUAUGUCAGUUUACUGUGCACCCGCACCCGCCAUCGCGUGUUAAAUAGACUCCUCAGCCAUAACCCUUAUAUUGUUAUGUAGCGAGAUAAAUUUCAGUUUACUGUGCACCCGAUCCCGCAUGCUAAGAUACCGACUAUACAGCAGUAACCCCUACCUAACUAGAGCGAGAACGCUCGGCUUUUAAAAUUCUAUGUUUCAAUGUUCUGUACUAUAAUAUCUGUAGGUAUUUAUCCAAUUGCUUGCAGACUUUAUUGCCUACCCUGUAAUAGUCAUGAACAUCAUAUCCAAUCAAGGCUACAAUAGUAAUUAACUAGUGAUUCACCAAUAUGUUACAGACUAACCUUCACUAUUUUUCGCUUAUCCGCAAUAUACUUAAUUUUUAAACACACAAAUAACAAAGCUAUCCGUAUCAUUCGUGUUUGAAUUUUAUAAGCAUUGAAUGAUACUUACUUUCCCUAAAAAGGCUGCUGUAAUAGUCGAGCUUGAAACAGGAAAACUCUAUUAAAAUACAAUAACUUGAACUAACUAAUGACUCGUAUAUUGCCAUUGAUUUCUGUUUAAUUUAUUGUUAAGAGUAUAAAAAGGUAUGUUACGCUCUCUUUUAAAGAUGCAGCACGUCUUAAUUUAAAAUUGUACACUAACCUACUUAUUAUAAGUAAGUAUUCAUUUAUAUCGACGUGUCUAAUUAAAACUUGUAAGUAAUUAAGUUUCAUACACAUAAAAAGAGACUGAAAUUGCUGAACAUUCCAUGUUUCAUGAUUUGACAAUCACAAAAUGCGGCGUUAGUUAUAUGAUAGGUAACGCUUUAAUAAAUAAAAAAGAUUUUGGUUUCUACAUGAUUAAUGCCAAUCUAGUCUGGUCUUCCUUACAGAAUGAAGUUCCGUUUCAUAUAGGUACAUGCAGUAUGUUUAUUUCACUAAAUGUACAUUAGAUUCUGCUCGGAAUAUAAUUAUGCCCCAAAGGAAGAUACUCAUACAGUUUUGUAAAUAAAUUUACUUGUUUAUUUCAGUCAAUAACUUCGGAAUUGUAACUAGAUAACGCUUGAAAAUACUCUUUAAGAUACUUUAGCUCAAGUAUUUAAAAAGAUACAGAGAGAAAAUCCCGUAAAAAAGAAAUUUUAUGGUAACAAUUAAUAGAUAAAUAGACAUUAUGCUUAAAUUAAAAUGUAAAGGAGAUUAGGUAGUUACGGAAAUAAAGAUUCCCGAAGCAAGGCUAUUUAAUAAUUAUAAUAAUUUAUACUUUACAAUGUCCGUAACGAUCCGACCUGUAACAAAUCGAAACUACCUUCGAAAAUAGUGGCGACAAACUUGUCAAUUUCAAGUCAAUGGCCUGAUAAAGAAAUGUUUGGUUACGAUUUUAUUUUCAAUAUUUCUAUGGGUUAAUUGCUUAGAUGUAUUAAGUGCAUAGGGGACUAGGAAACAUAUAGAGUUCAUGUUUAAAGCCUUGUAAUAUAGUGAUACACUUGUAACCUUGUGGACAAGAAUAUUUUGAAUAUGAUUCUAUGCAGCUGAUACAUAAAAUUUAAUGGUAUCCAUCCAUACACGCCGCUUGAAGCUUUAGUCAAAUACAUAAUGAUAAUGAUGGGUCUAUGAUAAUAUAAAUAAUAUUGUUUAACCAGAAAUAAGGAUAAAAUAAAAUUUUAUAAGCGAUUUGGAAACAAACAUUACAUUGACAACUACAUCAUUUACAUCUAUGUAAAUAAAUUUUAAAGUUGUGAGACUGAUAAGCGAAGUUAUUUAUUUCUUUUGUAAUUCAACCAGUGUCAAAUUUUAGACAACAAUAAUAAUAAAAUCAUAGGAUCUCAAAUAUAACUGUACAAUAGUUGUAUGAUUGUUUGGAUUGAGGUGAUCCCGGAAUCUUUGAAAUGCUGUAAAUCAAGUGUGAGUGGAAUGUGUUGAUGUUAAAAGAGCUUUAUUUGUUGUUAUAUUUUCAUUGUAUUUUUAAAUUGCUUUAAAUUUAGGUAAUCUCAUUUGUAUAUAUUGCAUAGUGUUCAGUUUGAAUUCAAGUCAUACUGAUUGACAAAAGCUUUUUGUAUUAUUUUUAAUUACUUAUUAAAAAUACAUAUUAUAUAAUAAUCAUUGUAAAUAUUAUAUUUUUAUGGCUUCUUUUCAUGAACGGUUUAUUUUUAUAUUGUUUACUCAAAUGUUGCUUCAAUUUUAUUCAAAGUAAAAAUAGAUUUUACUUACUUAUUGAUAUAAAAAAAUAUAAUACAAUUAAAUAUACAUAAAAAACUACCUGUCCUGGCUGCUGGCACCUUUAUCGUCUUAGAUAAACGUCACUAUAUCGCUAUGUGCCUUACACACGAAGAUGUGAUUGGUGGGACGUACAUUAAACAAGUAAUAUAAUCUAUGUCGAUAAAGAUGGCGUGUUCCCCGGUCUGUAAUUAGUUAUAGUAAUAUUGUAAACACCCCUCACAAGUUGUCAAGACUAUUAGAAACAUCAUUUUAAAAGCCAAAUAUUCAUCAUAAAACUUUACUAUCACAAGGAUAUUUAAGUGACUUAUGUACUAUUUAAAAUAGAUAUUUAGAUAAAAAGUAUUAUAAAUCCUCUAUUAAUAAGUUUACGGAAUUAAAUGUUUGGCUGUGUCAGAAAGUAAGAAUUUAUCAACACUGCAAGUAAUAAUUAUGUUAUUCCUUCAGUAUCAAUAAAUUCGAAAACUAAUUCUUUGUUACAGUUGUGUUCUAAAGCUCAGCUUUCAGUUUUGAAUAUCUACAAAUUAUAUAAAAAGCUUUUAUAAACGAGUACAUUCAUAAUGUAAUGAUUAUUCUGCUUUUCCAUAUGUAUGAGAGGUGUGGUGUGAAAAUACAUAAUAUUAAAGGUCCUAAGGAUAUAGAUUCAUCGAUUACCUAGCCAAGUACAUAAUAUAAAUUUGUAAGUAUUUAAAAGUUUAGUGUUAUGAUGAUAGCUUUAGUUUUUUUCUUUUGUACCAAUCAUAACCCUUUGAAGAGCUGAAUAAAUAUUGCAAAAUUA